AUGGCUUCGGACUCGGGCCCCAGCGAUGGUGCCCCGCCACCAGCACCCGCGCGAGCUGCCUCGCCCUCGACGAGCUUCUACGCCUUGAGCGAUGACGAGGAGGGCGAGUACAACACCAUCACCCACGCCGAGACGGGCCGCGGCGUCAAGUUGCUCUUCUCCAAGAGCAAGGUCUACGUCCACCCGACGCCCUCCGCAAAGGACAACAUCCCCGGCUACAUCGCCCUCCUCCAGCAACGAGGUCGCCGCAGCGAUCGCCCGACGUCUUCCGCUUCCAACGAAACGGACUCGAUUGCCUCCUCCGACCUGCUCCUCGCCUGGAUUCCCGAGACAUCCCUCGGCGACUCGGCGAGCAUCUACGUCAAGGUCGACCUCUGCGAUGGCGACUCUCCCCCGAAGCAGUCGUACCUCGUAGCUCCGCCCCCGACCGUUACGAGCCACGUCGGGUCCGUCGGUGGCUACUCCUUUGCCAUUCCCGUCAGCGCCGUCUACUCACUUCUCGUCCGCCCGCCAAGCCUUGGUUGGUGGUACGGCUCUGUCAUCAUCAAUUCCCGUGCCGGCGACAGCUUCCCUGCCUUGUUUUUCCACGACAAUGAGUGCCAGAGCACCAUCCUCCAGAAGAAGAAGCUUGCCCGCGACAAUUUUGAUCCCUUUGGCGAAGGUGGCCAGAUGUUCUGGGGUGGCGAUGAAAUAGUACGCUGGCUGCGCCGAUAUGUCAAGGUCGAGAGGUCUGGUGCUGAGCCCAACAUCUACAUGAUCGAGCCCAGCAAGGAGGAUAUCGAGGCGUUUGGUCAUAAACUCACCUCGAGUCCCUCACAAAUUGGCCGCCAGGAUAGCUCUACGGGGGUGCGUGCAGGGCCAAGCCGGCCGGACGCUCAGAUGGACCCCUUUGUGAAGUUGAUCAAAGAGACGGGGUGGAACAUUAUGGAGAAGUUUAGCAAAGUCACCACCUUCACUCGCCGAGCCGCCCAGGACUUUGUCGAUAACCCCAAUAUUCCCCCGCAGAUGAAACGGCUACUCAAGAACCCCGAAGUCCAGACCCUUCAGGACGAGUUCGAUAGUGCCCGCAUCUACCUUGCCCGGUGGGCUAUGGGAAUUCAGGAGCAGAGUGAUCGGGAUAGACGACAGAAAAUAUGGUCCGCCAACGACGUCAUGGAGCUUGAGGACACGGAUGUCGGCGAGUUUGAGCUUCUCGAGGGCACUAGCAGCUUAUCGCUAGAGGAGCGCAGGAAGACGGUGACGAUGAAGGAGUGGGAAACCUUCUUUGACCCCCAGACGGGUCGCCUAUCGGUAACCGUUGACGAAGUCAAGGAGCGUAUCUUCCACGGUGGUUUGGAUCCUGAAGAUGGCGUCCGCAAGGAGGCUUGGUUGUACUUGCUUGGUAUUUAUGAGUGGUACAGCACGUUGGAUGAGAGAAAGGCCCAGAUCGCGUCUCUCAGAGACUCGUACUACAAGCUCAAGCUCUCAUGGUGGGAGAGACUGGAUGGAGAAGGAGGAGAAGGCGAGACGGGCGAGUGGUGGCGCGAGCAAAAGGGGCGCAUCGAAAAGGAUGUUCACCGGACGGAUCGCAACGUGCCGAUCUUUGAGGGCGAAGACAUCCCCCAUCCCGACCCCAAGUCGCCCUUUGCCGAGGUGGGCACCAACGUCCAUCUCGAGCAGAUGAAGGAAAUGCUGCUCACUUAUAACGAGUACAACAAGGAUCUCGGCUACGUCCAGGGCAUGUCUGACCUGCUCGCGCCCAUCUACGCCGUGAUCCAGGACGACGCUGUUGCAUUCUGGGGCUUCCAGAAGUUUAUGGAGCGCAUGGAGCGCAACUUCUUGCGCGACCAGUCAGGAAUGCGCAACCAGCUCCUGACUCUGGACCAACUCGUCCAGUUCAUGGACCCGACGCUGUGGAAUCACCUCCAGAGUGCCGACAGCACCAACUUCUUCUUCUUCUUCCGCAUGGUCCUCGUGUGGUACAAGCGUGAGUUUGAAUGGAUGGAUGUGCUGCGUCUGUGGGAGGGCCUGUGGACGGAUUGCCUGAGUGCCAACUUCCACUUGUUCAUCGCACUGGCCAUCCUGGAGAAGCAUCGAGAUAUCAUCAUGGAUCACCUCAAGCACUUUGACGAGGUGCUCAAGUAUAUCAACGAGCUCUCCAAUACCAUUGAUCUCGAGUCGACCCUCAUCCGCGCAGAGACUCUGUUCAAGCGAUUCCAGAGGCUUGUUGAGGCUGUCGACAAGAAGCAGAACUUCCCAGCUCCCCGAGUCCACGAGAAGAAGUCGUCCACGUCGUCGACCGUUGCAGGGCCCUCGGGACCAUCCACCGCAUCCCCGGCCAAGUCCCCAGCAAAGUCCCCGGCCAAGGGCAAAUCAAUUGUCCCACCGGAGCCAGCUCAGCCAAAGGUCAUUACUCCAGAGCUACGCAAGCUUCUCAGUCGAGAGGUGGAGGUGCUUCCACGCAAGACGGUGGCGCAAGGGGAUGGGAUGCCAACCAAGUGA